AUGGUGUACAUAGCAAGCGCUGAAGCUGAUGACCUUGAUGAUGGCUUAGAAUACGACGUACAAUAUUCUGAGGACGAAGGAGAGUUGGUUGCAUUACCACAACCUACAAUCAAACCGAUCAACAAUGAGAAACCCACAACGAAAUCAAACGACGAGGCUAAUCCACGUAAGCGUAAAAAGGAAUCGUCAAAUUUAAAAGAAAAGAAGAAAAUGAAGAUGGAAUUGGAUACUCAACAAAAGAAGAAUAUUUCAUUAGAAGAAAAUCCUGAAGUAAUUGCUGAAUUUAUUAAUUCAAAAAUCAGUAGAAAACAUACAAAUUUAUCAGCAUUGGAACUAAGUGAUUUAUACUUCACAAAGAAUGAUAUUCGAUCAACUUCUGAAUUCACUAAACCAAGAACAUUGGAUAAUUUACUGGACUAUAUCAAUCAAAGAUUUAAGAAUAUGCUACCUGGCAAACAACAACAGCAGCAACUGGCCAAACUGAAGAACAAAAAGAACAAGAAGGGUGAAGAUGCGAAACAAGAAAGCAACGAUGGUAACGAUGAACAAAUAGAAAAUGCUCGUAAAUUCAUAGCUAUUGUUUCCAUGUCAGCAAUACGAGCAUGUGAUGUACAUCGUGCAACCAAAGACUUGAAUGGAAGUUCGUUAAAACUAAUCAACAAGAACAAAAUAGACGUUGAUUUGAAAUUGGUUAAAUCAACAAAAUCUCGUGUAUUAUGCUGUACGCCAGGGAGACUACAAAAAGUGUUAAACAGUCCAGAUUCACAGUUACAAAAAGCAGAAGUGAAGAUUAUUCUUGUGGAUAAUUCAUAUCUAGAUCAAAAGAAACAAAAUAUAUGGGAUAUAAAGGAGACAUUUGAAGUAUUGAAGGAUUUGACAAAGCAAGGGCUGAAAGUUUACCUUUAUUAA